AUGAACAACAACGCCUCGGUCGAGGUGCCCAACCACUUCAAUAACGCCAGCGGCGGUGGCGGCGAUGGUGCCCCCAACAAGAGCCCGAUCCUUCGUCACCGCGAAUCCUCCUCGUCGGCAGCCUCAUCUUCAUCAUCUUCCCAGAAGCCACAGUACCGAUGGGAGAAGUGGACCUUCUGCAACUCGCCGCCAUCGCCGCGUCAGACGUUCUCGCUGGGACGCCCAAGCGGUGACGGCGGCCGCAGCUCGUCGUUCUCCAACGCGCACGGCUCGAUGCUCUACUCGGACUCGGGGUGGAUCAUGGAACACCCUAUCCCCUACUCGGAGACCGACAACAAGGGCGGGUUCGGCCUGUUGCCCCCCUCCGGCCUCUCGCUCUCGGCGGGCGCACUCACCCACACCCCGGGUCCCUACGGCCCGUGCAGCUGUGGGUCGGCAUUCUGUUCGUGCUUCUCCUCGUUCUCCACCUCGCCGCGCUCCUCAUCUCCGCGCUCGACGCCCUUGUCGUCUCCGCGGCCCGCGAGCUCCACCACCGGCAGCACGCAACCUCCAAAGCUGCAGCAGCCGCAGCAAUGGAUCAUCAAACCACCCAUCAACUCGUCAUCGUCGUCGUCGUCGUCAGGAGCAUCGACGCCGGUGGCGAGCACGCCUCGGAACCGACGCAGCCUCAAGGUGUCCAAAGAGGAGCGCGUGCUGCGGCGCAGUUCGAGUGCGCCCGAACGUGAUUCGCUGUAUGCGAGCGAGAACUGCCCCUUCACCCCCGCCACCAAAGCCACCCACCCGCGGAGCAGCACCCUCGUCCACAGCAGCAACAGCUGGAAGAGCGCAACCGACCUGCUCGGCCGACAGAAGAAGACCGCUCCACCGGUGGAGAGUGCAGGGACGCGGGAGACGCAGCAGGACGGGCAUUCGAUUACUGUACCGGCAGCUGCGGCGACGAGCCAAUCACCACGCUCAUCACCGGGCAUUGGCAAGUUCCUGGUGGUGUACCGGGACAAGAUAUGGCUCCUGUUUCCUAUCCUGCCCGAGUGGCUCACGCAGUCAAACCUGGACUCUGUGUUUGCGCCCUCGGAGCCGGUGGUGCCCACUGAGAUGUCACUCUGCCUCCACGUUGCCGCUGCUCUUGGCGCUCGCACAUCGGGAGACAUGAAAACGGCCGAACAGCUGCUUGCCAGAGCGUUGCGCAUGGCUGAGUUCCUGCUCGAGCGACAGCAAACCAAGCCCGCGCAUCAGCUGUACUGGCUUGCGCUAGGCCUGUUCGGACUCUCGUUCUACGUGCUUGACCCUCUGAACAUGCAAGUCUCCUCAAAAUAUCUCCUCAUGGCAAUGAAGCUGUGCGAGAAGAUCGAGGCGAGGCGAUCGGUGGUGUACAUCAAAUGCAUAUGUCUGCUGGUCAGUCACGGGACGCCAGAACUGGAGGAGACCCUGCGCAACCAGAUCAUGCUAACUCUGCGCGCGAUCAUGGAUCUGCCCUUGGAGCACACCUUCCCCUUCAGCACCACUCACAUCUCGGACGAAAUGGUUAAGGCGCUGCGCUUCCUAUUGAAGACGGAGAGCCUGUGGGCGUUUAUCAUCGACGGGCCACCACAAGACGACACCUACCAGGGGGAUGCCUUCUAUCUGCAGGCGGUGAAGAGACUGGACGAGGUCGAGGAAGAGCUCAAAGAGUUUGAGGAGCUUCUCAUCUGCCUCGCCGAUGGCAGAAGCGACACAAACAACAACAACGUCACCACCAACACCACCAACGACGCGCUGACGUCAUCAUCGCCAUCGUUGUCGAUGCCAUCGCUGUGGUCGCGCCCACUCUACUUUGACCCGUCGAUCACGGCCUUCAUCCUCUUCACCACCAAGACCCUCAAGGCCGAGUGCCACCGCGAGCUCGGGAACAUCAACAUGGCCGUGGAGUGGGCCAUCAACGCGUUCGAGGUGGCCCGGAACGACCUCGAAUACUUCCAGCCCACGUCCCUCUGCACCCUCGACUCCCUCUUCCACAUCUUCAUGCAGUCCGACCGACGAUACGCGCACGCGCUGAUCGAGGUCAUCGGGGUGCUCGAGCAGCGCCACGUCGCUGCGUCGUUCAUUCGCCACAAGUACGACACCGUGCUCGAGCGCGAAGAGGACGAAGAGGCCCGAAGGCUUCAGUCACAGCAGCAGCAGCAAGCCUAUGCCGGCUACCCGCUGCGAGAGCUGGCUCAACCGGUCGUGUCCACCUGCUUGGUUCUGUCUUCGUCGUCCGCCGAAUCGAUGCCGCAGACCACCACCUUCUUCCCCUCGGGCUCUCCACUUCAGCAGCAUCCACAGCCGAAUGUGGCCGCUGCGCAACAGCCGCCUCCGCUGACACAGACGAUACCGGGGUUGAGCCAGCUCUCGCAGUCAUCUACGUCGGUGGCCGGCGGUCAACACCACUUCGCGGCCCCGCGUCAGGUGUCGCCGCGCACCAAGGCCCGCAACCGUCGAUCGGCACCGCGGCAAGGCGCCGGGUCUACGCAGGCCGGCUCGCCGCAGCUGCCGCGGCAAGCCUCCGCCUCGGCCAUUCUCACCAGGGGUGGCACCCCCACCGGUACCUUCCGCGGGAUCUACCUCUCGCAGGGCUACACCCUCAUCAACGCCUCCUCAUCUCCACCCUCAACACAACCGUUGGCGGAACGGAAGCUGACGGCGCCCGGCGGCCACCAGAAGGCCGUGCCGCCAUUCCUCUCGUCUCGCUCGCAGUCGGCGCCGCAGCUGCUUGCACACGCGCGGCCGUCAGUCGCCUCCGCGGUCCCGCUCUCCUUCCUCCCCUACCCGCCACACCCGUCAACCUUCCUCCAGGAGCAUCAGCCCCCGAACCAUCAUCAGCAUCAAGACCAUCACCACCACUUUGCACAGCAUCAACAUCAGCGUCAGCAUCAACAUCAGCAACCGUUCUCACCCACAUACGGGCUGCCGCUGGGUCCGUCGGCGCUGCCCAUCCAGCUCCCGCCGGAGCUGAUCGAGCCGAGCGCCGUGUUCGGUGGCCUCGAGCUCGAGCUCUGCGACUGGACGCUCGACGAGUCGUCGGGCCAAGGCGGCAGCGGGCCGAUGGAGAUGCCGCGCUCGCCCGAUGGCAUGUUCAUGAGCGACGAGCUCAAGCCGGAGGAGAUGGACCCACUACCACCACCACGCAGCGUCGCCCCUGCACACAUAUUUGGGUCGCACAGCGGCUACCUCGGCGCCCAACUCCACGCUUGA